UCCAAGCCCCCACAGAAGCAAGGCCUUUUUUACACUACUCCCUAGCCUAGGCCCCACUGGCGAGCUGCCCUGCCCUGACGUGCGUGGCAACCCACCUGCCCUGCUGCCCUGCCGCCCUCUCUCUCCUGACGGCCUGUAUGAGCCAUCGAGCACCUGGCCUGGGCAUUCGGGCAUUCUGGCGUCCACCUAGCCCAGCAGCACCUGUGGGCCCUGACUGCCAGCCCCUCGGCCGGUCUCGACCCUCGACUCGACUCGCCCACUGUCGGGCAAAGCUGGCAAUCUGUGUUUGUUGACUGACGUCCACCCGCCAUCGCAUUGUCCCAUCCGACUGAGACUUCUCCUUCAACAAUCCUGCAGUGCCUGUGACAGCUCUCUCACUGCAACUCGACACGACACGACUCACCCACCCCGUCCGUUUCCUCCUUUAUGGCUCUGUUUCUCUCCUCGGGUCUGUGCUUUUCGGUCUCUGGAACAGUCACGGCGCAUCCGCUCUGACGAGAUCACGACUGUUGGGGUCCAGGGGAGCUUUUCCAAGAGAUUUACAAUAGACUUCAUUGAGAUACCCCCUCGCGAUUGACCAUCACAGCUCGACCGCGACUGCAUGAUUUUGGGUGUAUUUUAGACUGCCGUGCCGAACACCGCCUUCCGAUCCCCCCUUCCAUUCCGAUCCCGCCUCCUCCCGGGACACCCUCCCCGGCAGCCUUCGACUACUGCUACAUCACACGACACAUCGCCAUCAUCCAUCGAGACCAUACCUCCUUGCCCUCGCCUGGCGCUGCACCUCGACCGCCGCGUGGCCAUCUGUAUGACCUCCGCGCAGCCUCAAUAUCUACCUCCCUACCACCUCUCCCCUGUCAGGCGUCAGGUCGCUGGCGUCGUCAAGUAGGGGGUUGUUGCCACCACCUCCAAGAUGUUUUGGAGGUUUGGCGGUUACGCCAACAUAUCCACAAUCGAUACCAUUCUCGACAAGAAUGACUUCACACUCGAGGAGCUUCUCGACGAGGGCGACCUGAUACAAGAGCUAAAGCAACACAAUGCGAAGCUUAUCGACUACCUGCGGGACGAGCCCGUCCUCGUCAGGCUGCUCGAAUACGUCGUCGCCCCGAGAUUAGAGCCAGUCGCGACUCCCGAUGCUGAAGAGGACCAAGAAAAAGAAGCCGAGCCCGAGACCGAAAAGGGUAAGGGCCGUGUUCUGCCCUUCUCUCGGCCGAGGGCGUCUUCUAGGGCGUCCGAGCCCGAGAGCAAGGAGGAGGAGAUGGAGAAGAAGCGCAAUAGGUAUGCGUACGUUGCAGCCGAAAUCCUGGCGUCCGACAACUGGUCAAUAUGCGAGGCCCUGCUUGCCAACAAGACCAUGUUGCGCGACUUCUGGGAGUUUCUGCGGCAUCCUAUCCCUCUCGACCCUCUACAGGCCAGCUACUUCACCAAGGUCAACGAGGCACUGUUUGAUAAGAAGACCGAGGAGAUGAUCGAGCUGCUCAAGUCUAUCGACAACGCCGUCCCGGACAUGCUCAGGCAUGUCGAUUGCCCCAUGAUCAUGGACUUGCUGCUGAAGAUCAUCAGCCUGGAGCGGACCGAGGCUGGCCAGGGAAUAGUCGAGUGGCUCUAUACCCAAGACGUCAUGCCUACCCUCCUCUCCUUCCUCGGUCCCGAGCACAGCUGGGCCACACAGACCUCAGCUGGUGAUUUUAUGAAAGCCAUCAUCACUGUAUCCGCGAAUGCCUCCCAAAACGAGCAGACAUGCAUCGGCCCGAACGAGCUUACUAGGCAGUUGGUGUCGAAGGAAUGCGUUGAAAAGCUAAUAUCCUACAUGCUGGGCGGAGGAAACGCCUUGACCGUCGGAGUGGGCAUUGUCAUCGAGGUCAUCCGUAAGAACAAUUCCGAUUAUGACCCCGACGUUGGUGCCGAGGCCAGCUCGUCGCCUUCAAGUCGAGACCCCAUCUACCUGGGCACCCUCCUGCGGCUGUUCGCCGAGCAUGUCCCCGACUUCGCGAACCUGAUCAUGAACGCCCCCGCACAGAAGGCCCGCCUUGAUUCCACCUUUGGCGACAAGAUUGAGCCGCUCGGCUUCGAUCGUUUCAAGACCUGCGAGCUCAUGGCCGAGCUCCUGCACUGCAGCAACAUGGGCCUGUUGAACGAGGUUGGUUCUGAGGAGCUCAUCGCUGCUAGGGACAGCGAGCGCCAGCGGCUGCGCGUGGAGGGCAAGCUCUCGGCUCUGCGUGGCGAGGACGCCCCAUCCUCGGCAGACGACCUCACUAUGCGCAUAUCACACUCCUCUCCUGUCGACGAGGGUCGCCGACUGGAGAUUACCAACAUUUCCGAGGACGAUGGCUUCGAGGAAGUCGCACACAGCAAGGAGAUGACCGAAGACACCUCAGACGAGUUUGUCAAGGCCGAGGAGGAUUUGCAGGCUGGCCAGGCAACCUCGUUCCUGGACAAGGAUGAGGACGACUUUGUCGACGAGCCGCUGAGUUCGCCACGGCUUCAGGUCAACGAUGCCAAGAUCGAGGAGCCGGAGUUCGAUGAUCCCGACUUGGUGGUGGCACCCUUGUCUCCCUCAAAACAGAAGGCUAGUGAGCUGAACGAGCUGCCCCCGUCUCCGUCCAAGGACGAGGGUGCUAAGGUCGAGGAACUGGUGGAAGACAUGCAAAAGUCCUUGCUGGAGGACAAGCCCAAGACCCCAGAGCCACAAGAGGCUGCACCGUCCGCGGACGGUAGCGGUGCUUCUACACCUGCGAUUGAUACCCCAGCAGCAUCAUCGGUAGCCGAUUCUGAGACGACAAAACCUGAAGCUCAAGAUCCCCAGCAGCCUGAAGCUGAGGCUCCAUCUUCUGAGCCACGGCCCGAGGGAGUCGAGACACCCGCACCACUGUUCUCUCAGCCGCAAAACGCCUCCGAUCAGGAUGCCGCUGACACAGAAGCCCCGAAGGAGGCCGAUGCGUCUGACGCUCCCAAGGAGGCAGAAGAGCCCCAGGAUGCAUCACAGGCUACCGAGGCCGACCAGUCGGAGCAGGCAGCUGGGGACGCAUCUAUACUUGUUGGCCAUGAGAUACAGCCCGAGGCUCAGGAUCUAAGUAACGUGCAGCCUGUCGUGGGCGAUUAUCUGAAGAUGCAAUUCGUUGAGUAUGGAAUCGUUCCUACGAUCCUGUCAUUCUUCUUCAAAUAUCCCUGGAACAACUUCCUCCACAACGUUGUUUAUGACAUCGUACAGCAAGUCUUUAACGGACCCAUGGACCGUGGCUUCAACCCCACGCUCGCAAUUUCCUUGUUCGAAUCUGCGGACAUCACGAGCCAGAUCAUCAACGGCCAGCAAGCCAGUGAGCAGUCCCAGCAGCAGAACAGGACCCGCAUGGGCUACAUGGGUCACCUCACCCUCAUCGCCGAGGAGGUUGUUAAGUUCACCGAGCGUCACCCGCCUGAGCUCCUCAGCGAGACGGUGCUGCAGAAGGUCAUGGACCAGGAGUGGAUCAACUAUGUCGAGGGUGCCCUCGCAGAGACGCGCGAGCGUGACAACGCAAUCCUGGGAGGUGUCCGGCCCGAGGUGGCCAUGAGCAAUAGACAAGCUGGUGGUCUUUCAGCGGUCGGUCUAUCCAGUCUUGGCGCCGCGUUCGGCAGCUCACAAGGCGGUAGCUCGAACGCCCUGGCUGAUGCGGGCCUUAACGGCGGCCUGAACGACGGGGGUGACAAUGGUGGUGGCAACGGGAUCGGGCCUUUUGCCAUCUCAUCGGGCACGUUGAUGUCUGGGUUUGGUAGUAGUUCUGAUGAGGACGAGGACGAGGAGGCUGAGAACGAGGAGGAUGUGAAUAAUGAGUUCCGCGCCUACACCGACCCCCUCAACUCCUCAAGCCAGUCUGCAUCCAACAGCUUGAACCCACCAUCAAUCCCGCCUCCGCCACCUCCCCCGCCACCGCUGAACAUCCCCCCUUCCCGUGCCCGCAUGGCCUUUGCGGCCCGGCUUGCCUCGAAGCGCAAGGAAGCAGAGGAGGCGGGUGAGGAUGGGGAGGCCAGCGAGGAUAAAGGCCUGAGUUCAUUGCUCCAGCAGGGCAAGGAGAAGGGGGCCGAUGAGCAGCUGCAGAACCCUUUCGCGGAUGACGAGGACGAUGAGGACCAAAGCGACGACGAGGAUGAGGAUGACGAAGGCGACCUCGGGCGGGGCGAGGGCGGCGGAGGACAGGGCAGCAGCUGGAACCGAGGGGGGUGGUGGCGCGGAGCUCUGACCAACAGGCCAGGCAAGACGACCAAGGAGACAUUUGGUGACGGCAGAGACUCGAGCGACUCGGAAGGCGAGGCCGAGGGACAGGCCGGCGACGGCGGCAACAGCAGCGACGAAGAGUUUGGCGACUUCGCGAUGCCUGAGACGUCGGGAACCACCGGGGAGGCGGGCGGAGCGGCGUCAGGCUUCGACGCGGAGCGGGAAAAGGUUCUUGUCAAGCCGACGGCUGUGCAUCCGCCCGGCGGCGGGGGCGGCACCGGGAACAAGGGCAACUUCCUGGGGCUCUGGCCUUUUGCCAAGAAGGACAAGGACAGCAGCAGCCCUACCAAGGACGAAGCCGGAGCCGAGGGCGAGAAGGCAGCCGAUGGCGCGGCGACGGGCGAGAAGCCCGCCGAGGCACAAGCAGCCGACGAGGCGGCCAAGGAAGACGCGGAGAAGUGUGCGGCCGGCACGGAGAAGGACGGCGCCGGACAAGAAGACGACAAGGACAAGGCCAAGGCCGAGCCGCCGGUGGUGCUGAGCGAGGACGGCGAGAAGGUGCAGCCCGCCAUCGAGGCCAAGCGGCGCACGAGCAUCGAGGAGCCUGACGAGGGGGACGAGGUCGUUGUGUAGGACGCAAGACCACCCAUAGGGGCGGACUGGUGCUUCUUGGAGAGACCCGCGGGACGGUGAAGGGGUCCCGGACCAGCCACCACCACCACCAGCAGCGCCGCUCCUACCGACCCUUUUCAGGGGGCCAAGCCGUCGUCUCACCCCCGGCGGCGCAGCGCCAGUCACAUAGAGGUGUACCGCGCACGGCUCGAACAGAACAAGAUCCCACGCGCCUAUGAGAGAGAGAGACGCGAGACGUGGGAAAGCUGGGGGGAGGGAGGGCUUCGGGCGAGUAUCUGUAUGUGUUGCUGUUGCUGUUGUCGUUGUAACGCACCGUGUAUAAUGGAGAAAGCUACUUCGGGAGUUCCUGGGGUCUUGCCGGGGUUUUGCCGGGUUUCUGUGUUUUACUUUUUGGUUAGAAAGGAGAGGUUUUUACCACGACGCGAUGAUGACACACACGGCCGACCCAUCGGCCGGUGCUUGUGUGUUGGUUGCAUGCAGGUUUUAUACUGUAGUAGUUGUUGUCCGGGCCCCCGUCGGCGCCGUUGGGGGGGGGGGGGACCUGGCUGGCUAGCCUGUCCGUCUGUCUCCCUUGUGUUUUUUUUUCUUCUUCUUGAGAAUUGUAUUAUAUGUGUUCUUUUUACGCCGCUGUUGCUCUGUGGUAGUGGUGCCUUUUUUGAGGGUUGUUUGUUGGGUCGUGCAUGGGUAGAUACUCUCCAACAGUACUUGGCAGCUGCAGCAGCAACAGCAAUCAACUGUCGAGCACAUCAAAGAUGCG